GUUUGCAUGGCGUCGUUUGCAUGGAUCAAGUUCGUUUCUCAACAGGCCUCCUUUUAUUAGGCUCCGAUCGCGCAGAGUAAGGGCAGGCAAACCAGCCUCCUCUUCCUCCUCUCCUCCUCUAGCUCCCUUCCUAUUCCUACGACGACGCCCACGCCGACCUCGCCGGCCACACCGGCAAUGACCUCCUCCUCCUCCAAGCAGCCAACGCCACCCCCGCGCAACCUCCAGAUCACAACCACCACCGCCGCCGCCGCAAACAACUCCGACUCCUCCUCCUCCGCCCUCACCCACCACCCAUCCUCCUCCUCCAUCCGCCCCUCCCGCGUCGCCGGAAGCGGCGGCCAGAACCAGGCCUGCGCCGCCUGCAAGUACCAGCGCCGCAAGUGCAACCCGGACUGCUCGCUCGCGCGCUACUUCCCCGCCGACCAGCAGAGCCGCUUCCUCCAAGCUCACCGCCUGUUCGGCGUCGGCAACAUCCAGAAAACGCUCCGGGAGACCCGCCCGGACCUGCGCAACGAUGCCAUGCGCGCGCUCAUCUUUCAGGCUGAGGCCCGCGCCUACGACCCCGUGAACGGCUGCUUCGGCCUCAUCUUCACCUACGAGAGGCAGCUCCUCCAACUCCAAGCCGAGCUUAAAGCUGUGCGCCACCACCUAGAUGCAUGCCGCCAUCACCAGGCCGACGACGCGCUCGUCGACGACGACGGCUCGGGGAUGAUGAUGCUCGCCGGGGCCGGGCCCCACGCGUCCGACGUGCCCGUCGACGCGCUCUACGCGGCCGGCCAGGAGAUCGACUACGGCCAGGUCGGCGGCGACAAUUAUCUCCUCGGCGACGCGGACCAGGCCACGCAGCCGCACCAGGUCUACGACUACUUCUACUACGACGGGCCGGCCGGCGACGAGGCGAGCAGCCACGCGUGGAGCAACGCCGACAACAACAACGUGCAGCAACACUACGGUAAUGGCAUUGUCAAGGCCGGAUCUCCGACGGCGUCGCUCGAAGACCACAUCGAGACGCAGUUCGUCGACCUUUUCGACGUGAAGCCGGAGAUAGCGGUGGCGACCGCCGUCGUCAUGGAACACGACGCCGGCAGUGACGACGAUAGCUUCGAGCACCAGCUGGAGGGGAAGGUGGUGGCCACCGUGGUGAAAAACGAACAGCUUGACCAUCAGGCGGCGGCGCAGAUGGCAGUAGAGUCGUCGGCCGUGGCAUCCCGCUGCCAGCUGGAGCUAGGGUUCUCUUCCUUCUGAUGCAUGCUAGAUUCAUCAAUCCAUGACCAUGCAGAGGUUGGAACACGGCGCAUUACAAUAAUCCCCUUUUUUUGGCGAGGCACAAAUUAUUUCCUUCUUUCCAUUAGUUAGCAUAAGAAAAUGCUUCUUUUUUGUUGCAUUUCUCAAUUUUGUUUCCACCUAGUCUUAGUUGAACAGCUAGUUAUAUUCCUCAGUGAGGUCAAACACAUUAUUUGGUACAAUAAAAUCUUCAUUAUAAUUCAUUA